CCGGAAGUGAUGAAAUACACGCGGAAGUUGAUAUUUAGCGCCAAAGCUUGAGUUGACAACAUCGGUGGUCAUGGAUGUUGCUCGCAAAAUAAAGACGAAAGUGUCCGCAGGCUUCAAGAUGCGGGGACUUAUGCUGCGACCUGAAGCCAGCAGGUAUCUUGUGGAGGUGCUGCAGUCCGUCAGUCCCGCAGACUUGGAUGAUGUUGUCGAAAAGGUCUUGGAUGCAGUGGAGAAGCAGCCGUUGUCCUCCAGUAUGAUAGAGUUGGCCGUGGUGGAAAGUGCUGUGCAGGACUGCAGUCAGUCUUGUGAUGAGGCCAUCGAUAACGUUUUCAACAUCAUUGGAGCUUAUGAUGUGCCCCGAUUCAUUUACAGUGUGGAGAGGAAGAAAUUUGUACCCAUCCAUAUGACCAAUCACGCAGCGCCAAGUGUGUGUGGUCUGGCCAGAGACAAGGCUGAACUCUUCAGGGAGCGAUACACAAUGCUGCAGCAGAGAACCUAUCGGCAUGAGCUCUUCACCCCACCUGCAAUAGGAGCUGCUGUUGAAGAAGGCAGGAACAAAUUUCAGCUGAAGACAGUUGAAGCACUACUGGGCAGCACUGCUAAACUGGGAGAGGUCAUCGUACUGGGGAUGAUCACACAACUGAAAGAGGGUAAAUUCUACCUUGAGGACCCAAGUGGGACAGUGCAGCUGGACAUGUCCAAGGCACAGUUUCAUAACGGCCUGUACACAGAAUCCUGCUUCGUACUGGCAGAGGGCUGGUAUGAGGACUCGGUGUUCCACGUUAACGCUUUCGGGUUCCCACCAACAGAACCAUCUUCAACCACAAGGGCGUACUACGGCAAUAUCAACUUCUUCGGCGGUCCAUCCACCACAUCGGUGAAGGCGUCUGCCAAGCUGAAGCAGCUGGAGGAGGAGAACGAGGACGCCAUGUUUGUAAUUGUCUCUGACGUUUGGCUGGACAGCGUAGAGGUGAUGGAGAAGAUCCACGUCAUGUUCUCAGGGUAUGCUGCAAUGCCUCCUACCUGUUUCAUCUUCUGCGGAAACUUCUCUUCUGCCCCCUACGGGAAAACACAGAUCAAAUCACUCAAAGAGUCAUUGAAGGCUCUUGCUGAUGCCAUAUGUGCGUACCCCAGCAUCCACAGCAGUAGUCGCUUUGUGUUCAUCCCCGGCCCUGAAGACCCCGGUCCCAGCACCAUCCUACCAAGGCCUCCCUUGGCAGAUCUCAUCACCGAGGAGUUCAGACAGAGGGUGCCGUUCUCCGUGUUCACUACCAACCCGUGCAGGAUCCAGUACUGCAGCCACGAGAUUGUCAUCAUCAGAGAAGACCUGGUCAACAAGAUGUGCAGGAACUGCGUCCGCCUGCCCAAUAACAAUCUUGACAUUCCAAACCAUUUUGUGAAGACCAUCCUGUCCCAGGGUCACUUGACUCCUCUGCCUCUGUAUGUCAGUCCUGUAUACUGGGCGUAUGACUACACCCUGUCCAUCUACCCGGUCCCUGAUGUCAUAGUCUUCGCUGACAAAUACGAUCCCUUCACCAUCACAAACACAGACUGCAUCUGCGUCAACCCGGGGUCGUUUCCAAGAAGUGGCUUCUCAUUCAAGGUGUAUUACCCAUCUAACAGAACUGUUGAAGACAGCAAACUUCAAGGGCUCUAAAGAAAAUAACGGAUUUCCAAGUGGAUCCACUCUCACACUUGUUCCAUACAGUGCUUUUGUAAGAUAGGUUUAAAAUCAACUGUUAAUCAACCUUUUUUUGUGUUUUAUUUUAUGUAUAGCUUUUCUAUCAUGGAUAAUAAAAGUCUGGAUUCCUU